AUGGCGCCGAGUAUUCAACUAACUUCCGCCGGCGCCGGUGAAGAAUCCGACUCCGGUGACCUCGAAGAUGUUCGCCUCCUAGACUCCUACGAUAAACACGAUGUCCACGACGAAACACGGCGGAUUCAGGUUAGAAUCACCGGCAUGACCUGCGCCGCUUGUUCUAACUCCGUUGAGGCGGCUCUCAAGUCCGUCGACGGAGUAGUUGAGGCUUCCGUUGCUUUGCUUCAGAAUAAAGCCGACGUCGUUUUUAACAGAAACCUCGCCAAGGAUGAAGACAUUAAGAAUGCGAUUGAAGAUGCAGGUUUUGAAGCUGAGAUCUUACAUGAACCCGGUCCGACCGGGACGAAACCGGUUGGGGACAAUACGGUGGUGGGACAGUUCACCAUUGGUGGUAUGACGUGUGCGGCCUGUGUGAAUUCCGUUGAGGGAAUUUUGAAGAACAUCACCGGAGUCAAAAAAGCGGUGGUGGCUUUAGCUACUUCAUUGGGUGAAGUUGAGUUUGAUCCGAAUGUGAUUAGCAAAGAAGAUAUUGUUAGUGCAAUUGAAGAUGCUGGUUUUGAAGCUGCGUUUGUGCAGAGUUAUAGUCAAGAUGAGAUUGUUUUAGGGGUUGUUGGAGCGUGUUCUUUGGUGGAUGCUCGGGUUUUGGAAAGCAUGCUUAGUGGUAUGAAAGGGGUGAGGCAGUUUCGGUUUGAUCCUUUGUUGAGUGAACUUAAUGUUGUUUUUGAUCCUCAAGUUCUCAAUUCUAGAUCAGUGGUGGAUGGGAUCCGUGUAUUUAGUAAUGGAAAAUUUAAGUUGCAUGUUAGAAGCCCUUAUGCGAGAAUGGCUUCUAAAGAUGUCUCAGAGAGUUCAACUAUGUUCCGACUUUUUAUUUCCAGCUUGCUUCUUAGUAUUCCUCUUUUCUUCAUGGGGGUAAUUUGUCCUCAUAUCCCAUUCAUAUACUCCUUAUUACUUUGGAGAUGUGGGCCCUUCCUCAUGGAUGAUUGGUUGAAGUGGGCAUUGGUGAGUGUCAUCCAAUUUGUGAUUGGAAAGCGCUUCUACAUAGCAGCUAUCAGAGCUCUUAGAAAUGGUUCAACAAACAUGGAUGUCCUGGUUGCUUUGGGAACUACAGCAUCAUAUGUUUAUUCUGUUUGUGCUCUUCUGUACGGUGCUCUUACUGGAUUUUGGUCUACAACAUACUUUGAAACAAGUGCUAUGCUUAUAACAUUUGUAUUGUUGGGCAAGUAUUUGGAAUGUCUUGCCAAGGGAAAGACAUCUGAUGCCAUUAAGAAGUUAGUAGAACUCACUCCUCCAACAGCUUUAUUGGUUGUUAAAGACAAAGAUGGUAGAUCUAUUGAAGAAAGAGAAAUAGAUUCCUUGCUCAUCCAGCCUAGUGACACAUUAAAAGUUCUCCCUGGUACAAAGAUUCCUGCUGAUGGUAUUGUUUCCUGGGGCUCAAGUUAUGUGAAUGAGAGUAUGGUGACUGGUGAAUCUCUACCUGUUUUGAAGGAAAUCAAUGCAUCUGUUAUUGGAGCCCAGAUGUCCAAAGCUCCCAUUCAAAAGUUUGCUGAUUAUGUAGCAAGCAUAUUUGUUCCUACAAUUGUAGCUCUAUCAAUAUUGACACUAUUGUGUUGGUAUACUGCCGGGGCUCUUGGAGCUUACCCAGAUGAAUGGCUGCCAAAAAAUGGAAAUCACUUUGUUUUUGCCCUUAUGUUUUCUAUAUCUGUUGUGGUGAUUGCAUGCCCAUGUGCACUUGGUUUGGCAACACCAACUGCUGUCAUGGUGGCCACAGGAGUUGGGGCUAACAAUGGAACUCUAACUCAGGGGAAAGCCAAUGUCUCUGUUGCCAAGGUGUUUGCAGGAAUGGAUCGAGGAGAAUUUCUUAAAUUGGUGGCUUCUGCUGAGGCUAGCAGUGAACACCCGCUGGCAAAAGCAAUAUUACAAUAUGCACGCCAUUUUCACUUCUUUGAUGAGUCCUCUCUUACUAAUGGUCCUCGAAAUGAUGCCAAUGAAUUAAAAUCAGGGUGGCUUUAUGAUGCCUCAGAUUUCUCUGCUAUUCCAGGAAAGGGUGUGCAGUGCAUUAUAGAUGGACAGCGUGUUUUGGUUGGUAACAGGAAGCUGCUGGUGGAAAGUGGUAUAAACAUCUCUACCGAAGCGGAAAAUUUUGUUGUUGAGCUUGAAGAAAGUGCCAAGACAGGGAUCCUGGUAUCAUGUGACGGUAUAUUGAUUGGAGUUUUGGGGGUUGCAGACUCACUUAAACGAGAAGCUUCUGUUGUUAUAGAGGGCCUCAAGAAAAUGGGAAUCACGCCUGUAAUGGUUACAGGAGAUAACUGGAGAACAGCCCGAGCUGUUGCCAAGGAGGUUGGCAUUCAAGAUGUUAGAGCAGAGGUUAUGCCUGCAGGAAAGGCUGAUGUUGUUCGUUCAUUCCAAAAAGAUGGAAGUAUAGUUGCAAUGGUGGGCGAUGGUAUAAAUGACUCUCCUGCAUUAGCUGCUGCAGAUGUUGGCAUGGCAAUUGGGGCUGGGACAGAUAUUGCCAUAGAAGCUGCUAACUAUGUUUUGAUGAGAGAUAAUUUGGAAGACGUGAUCACAGCAAUUGAUCUUUCUAAAAAGACCUUUUCUCGUAUUCGAUUGAAUUAUGUAUUCGCGAUGGCCUACAAUAUUAUAGCCGUACCAGUUGCUGCGGGUGUUUUAUUUCCUUCACUGGGAAUCAAGCUUCCACCAUGGGUUGCUGGUGCAUGCAUGGCGCUCUCGUCUGUGAGUGUUGUAUGUUCUUCUUUGCUUCUUAGAAGAUAUAGAAAACCCAGACUUACUACAAUACUUGAAAUAGUUGUAAAUUAA